AUGGCCGAGGGUUCAAAGGCUGGCGAGAACAGCGCCGCAAGAGCCUUCCAGCGACACUUUGACUCGCACCCUGCGGCUCAACAUGACCGGCUUCAUGGCCCUUCACGAUCCAACGACCAGCGUUUUGCGUCUGCCUGGCAGAACAGCAAUCAGGCCAAUGCCGAAUUUCUACAGCACCAGAUGGGACGAUUGGAUCUUGAGAGCGCGUCUCGAGGCAGUGUUUCUCCUAUCCCAUCGCUCUUGAACGGCCCUGGUGAUCAUCCUCUUCUCCAUGAUGCUCGUAUCAGACACCAUGAGCCUCAGCACACCGGUGUUCCUCCGGCUAUGCAUACAGCCGCACGUGAUCCGUUCGCUCUUGGAGCUCAGUCAAGCAACAUCAAUCAGGCUCCGAUGAGCAGUGUGGUCCAGCCCUCGACGCUCCCUAAUGUGUCUCAAGCUCAUGCUGUACCGGCCUUCGGCGCACAUCAGUUUCAGCCUGCCCCGCCCGGACAGCCUCAACUCUGGGGUCACGAUACUCGACAAUUCAACACAAUGCCAUGGCAGCCGGCAGCACUUCAGCAACAACCCCAUGCAUUGUCCCAAGAUCUUGGCCAGAGCAUGGAGCACACGACGCACGAGGAGAUCCGCGCUGCUCAUGAGGCGGACUUCGACAAGGCGAUGGCCGAGUGGAUGGCACAACAGGCGACUGAGGAGCCAGUUACUGAUUCGACUGAGGCCAGUGAGCAAGCCGCGGAACCUCAGGAGGGACCGCUGGGUGACAACGAGCUGGCUCGAGUUGCCCAGCAGCUCGUCGAGUCUGUCUCCUCUGACGAGUCAGAAAAAUUCCGCAAGUCCAACUUUGUCGACCUGAUGCGACGAAUCGCAGCUCAAGAGGUUGUAAUUCGAGACAACAAUAUGGUCGAAGCUUCUCAGACAGACAGCACAGCCCCGGCCGUGUUUGAUUCGGGAGCUGGCAGUGGAACUGAGCACAUACCGCCGACAAAUGCCGCUGAUAGUAAGGGCAAGGGGAAAGCUCGUGCCUUUCCGCGUUCGCCAAUCAUCGAGAGUGAUGAUUCCAUGUGA